CGCUUGUGCUAGUUCUAGAGAAGAGAGAGAAAACCCUAGCCCUCGAGAACGAUGGCUGCCCUCCGCCGCCUGCCUCGCACCGGCCAGCUCGGCUCCAAGCAGGCCGUCCUCCCGCCUCUCGCCGGCCGCGCCGCCCUCCUCGCACGCGCGCGCUCCCUCCCUCACCUCCCCGCCGCCGUCCGUCGUUUCUCGGACAAGAGCAAGGGGGAUCUCCUCGACCGCGCCGCCACCGUGAUCAAGGAAGGGAAGGUGGUUUCCCGUGACAUCACCAAGGGAGUCGAGGGCCUUGAAGAUCUUAUCGGACGGCAGCUUGACGUGUGUUCAAUCGAGCUCUCGGCCACGAUAAGGCGUCAGAUUAGGCACAGUCUGGAAGAAGCUAGCCAAGUUCCAUGGGGGCAUCUGGGUAUCCAGGCCUUGGCGUUUCUAUCUGUUGGAGGGGUUCUUGCUUACGGGGGGGGGGGGCACACACCUCUUCAACAAGUUCAGCGCGGAGGUCAAGAAGAUAACUGACGAUGCCAUGAUCGAAGCGGAGAAAAGGGCGAAGGAACUUGCAAAAACCGAGUGGGCCAAGGAGACAGCGCAGUUGUAUAUAGACCAGGGUAUGAAGAGCAUCACGCUGUAUAGCCUUUUCUUUGGACGGGAGGUGGAGGGAGAGAAGGACAAGAAGACGUUCUUUAGCCGUUUCUUUGGGCGGAAGGAGAAGGACAAGAAGGAGGAGGAGGAGGAGGAGGUCAAGAAGUAGAACAAGUAGGGGCCUCCUCAUAGUCUUAACAGCACUGAGGCUGAUAUUUUUGGUCUAAAACUUGUUUCAAUCGUCUUAACUUAUUCCAGUGUUAUCUGUAACGGUGGCCACCGGGUUAUAUACGAUUCAAGGUCUCUUCUUUUGGUUGGUUCUGUGAGGAUUUUAAUAUCCAAAAUUCACUUGACUUGUGUUU